UCGUUUCGGUGAAAUCAGCUUGCAUUAUUUCUUCACGAAUUUGUUAACAAUGAAGACAUCAUUACUAUUUUUUAACGUCGUCCAAAUUGUUGUGGGGUGCAGCAGAAGGGAGGAAGAUUACCGGACCACGACAACAACGAUCCGGCCCAGAGAUUCUUUGGAUGAGACGAUCUUCUAUUCACCGUGUAUCAUAAGUCUGGAAAUUUUUCUGCAUAAUCUACCCAACUCAACGACCCAGGUUCGAGGGGUGUGUGCAAAUCCGGCCAUACCAGAAAAGAUAUGCUGCGAAAUGCCAUAUGAGACGGAAGUAGUGCGAACAUGGGAUUCGAACGAGGCUCGCUGGACAGAGGAUCACUAUUAUCUGACAAACUCGUGUAAACGGGGAUAUUGUUGUGUCGAUAAGGAGAGGUGGAUUCGGGAUGCGAGUGUGCCCCAAAAAUCUGGAAAUACCUGCAAACCUGGAGGCACUUAAUUUGCAGUAUCUAAGAAACUUUGUUUGUGCGUAAAAAUGUUGUUCUUUUUUUAAAAAACAUUAAUUUUUUUAUAAAGUACGCUAAUUGUCACCGCAUUAAUAUAAUGUUUACAUGUUAUGGAAAUUGUACGUAUUUAUUUACGUAUCUAGAGUAAGAAGUACAUAUUAUAUAAAUAAAUUUAGGGGCCGAACGUGGUUUGGAGUUUUGUUUGGUCAAUUUGAUGUAUGCAAUUAUGCAUGACAUAUGUAAAUACAUCUAAUUUCAUAGUCAAUAUUAGGAAGCUAAAUUGCUAAAUAUGUUGCAUAUACCUAAGUAGUGAAUUAGACAAGAAUACAAAAUAAAUACAUACUUAUUUACCAGCA